AAAUCCGGAAGUGAUUCAGCCACAGCGGCGCGAAAAUGAAAAUGCAUGUCACGUGAAGCAAUUUGGAGUUUGUCGACCGCUGGAGUAUAAAGUGACCGGAAGACGUCGCCAUGCAGCGAUCGUCGGACUGCCUGACCUUAACCAGCUCUCCUUCCUCGGCCAUGGGCGAAAAGCUCGAAAAGAUCCACCGGUGGCUGGCGGCGGCGUUCGGCGACGAGCCGAUUCCUCCGUUCGAGGUGAACGCGCGGACGGUGAGCAUUCUGGAGCAGCUCGCCAGCUCGGGAGAGGCGACCUGCCGCCGGGCCGAGCUGCUCGCCCAAGACUGGAACCACAAAGCAUCGGAGUACCAGGCUGACGGCGCUCACCUGCAGGAGGUUCUGCUCCAAAGUUUGGGCGUGUCCUACGCCAGCCUGCCCGAGUCCUGCGUGGACUACUUGGCCUCUCUGGUGGACAGCGCCAUGGUUCUGGCCACCAGGGACACGUCGCUCUCCAGUUUGAUGCCGGCGCUGAACCGUCUCACUAACGAGUUCUUGGAAGCGGAGAAGUCCGAAAGGAAGCUGGACCGGGAGCUGCUGGCCCUCUGGAAGAUGCUGAGCGCGACGCUAGUGCUCAGAGGACAACUGCAAGCGGACGUGAGCAAAGUGUGUCAGGCCCAAGCCGUGGAGCGCGCCAAGGUGGAGGAGCGCAUACUCAACAUGGACUUCCUGGAGGCCAAAGCCAAAGAGAUCUGCACCAGACACGAGGGCCAAGAGGCAAAGCUGGCCACCAGGAAGAUGGAGGACCAGCUCAGCCAUCAAGCUUUAGUCCAACUCUCGGAGGAAGUGACUGCCCUGAAGAAAGAAAUGAUUCCCCUGAAGAAGAAACUGGAGCCUUUCUUGGACCUCAGCGCGAGCCCGUCGCUGGCCUGCAUCAAAAUCGAAGAGGCCAAAAGAGAACUGGCGGCGCUCGACUCCCGGCUGGAGACGUACGUGGACUUCAAGUGAACUCUCACCCCCGGGAUGUGACAAACUUCAAAUGAGACGGCGCGCACGUUCGUCCGUUCAUUUUGAAGUAGCUUAAGCUACGUCUCAAAAUGAUUCAUUGUCCCGUUCAAAUUCAAUUAUUUCAUAAUUGACUGUCAAUUCUGUAAAGUCCAAUACUCUAUUUACACUUAAGAAUAAACUUUUGCAAAACCCAA